UGGGGAGCAGGGCUGCCUGGGGGGAGUGUGAACCCAGGGAAACAGGUAAGGGGUCCCACUGGCUGCCAGCUGGGGAGCUUUGAUCACCAGGCUGGUCGUGCCCACAGGACGGGGCGUCUCCCACACAGCGCCUCACCGAGGGGGGGUUCCUAUGUUUAUUCCACCAGCCUUCCCGAGGGUCACUGCAGGUGCCAGAGAGAAGAGGAAGCAUCUGAAUGGCUUAUCUAGACCAGCCAGCUUGUCCUAGACAGUUAGCUCCGCCCUUGGGGUGGGAAGAGCCUAAGAGUGUUCUGAGCAGAAGCUCGCCUCUUCUCUUGCCUCUGCCUUCUGGAUGUUUCCUCCACAGCCAACUCGGCCCAGACCAAGCCUGGAGGAGGCAGCCUGUGAUGGGAGCCCACUCAGAAGACCCCCACCUGUGCUGGGCCUCCCGGCUCCUGGGGUUCAGCAGCCUCGUCCUCAGCGCCUUCAGCACUGUGGUCAACGGUUCUGGAACUCUUGGGUCUCAAGUGGAGGAUUCUGGAAACGUGGUUUCUCUGACGGGAACUCAAGGAGGUUCUGUGUCGUUUCAUGUGACCCGAAGUCCAGAAUCACUUCCAGGAACCAAGCUGGAGAAGAUUUCUUGGGGCAUUAAAAACAAGUCCGACUACCUACUCCUCCUGUACGUGUCUCCUGGGGAAGAUGUUCCAAAAUGGGUCAACUUCCAGGACAAGUUUGAGAAGAGGGUCCAUGUGCUCAACACCAUGACCCUGAGGAUUGACAACCUGACCCUUGAGGACAGUGGGCAGUACUGGGCUCGAGUCUCCUUAACACAAGGAAGAGAAACGAACCGGUAUUUCCACCUCACUGUCUACGAGCUCGUGCCCUGCCCCCAGAUCAUGAGCGAGACUCCAUCCAUCACACCAGACUGGUGCAAUGUCACCCUGGAGUGCCACGCCCCGGGAACCAGAGAGGACGUGAAUGUGUCCUGGGAGAGCAAGGGCCUCCCCAGGGAGCUGGAGCAGAGAGGGGUCCCAGGACCGGCCCCCAACCCCUGGACCCUGGCUCUGAAGCUGCCCCUGAGCCAGCCCAGCCCCAGCAUCACCUGUGUGGUCAGCAACCCAGGGGACCGGAAAACUGCCACCAAGGACCUUGGGAAAGUCUGUGCCCACGGUCCACAUGGGCCGGACGGGUCUGCCCACCUGCCAGCUAUCCUGGGGGCUCUUGUGGUCGUGCUGCUGAUCCUCGGAGCUGGACUGUACCUUCUGUGCUCACGUAGGAGGAAGCAGAGCUUGGAGCCUGGGAGAGGCAGGCUCAGGAUCCCAGGAAGAGCACAGGGACCGUUUUGGUGGCGUCCACCGUGCAGGGAAGAUGUUCCGAGACCACAGGAAGCAGCGUUCGGGGGAACCACAUCUCGAACAGGAGACACCGCUCACGACAGUCUACAGUGAGGUCCGCCACCCAGGCCAGGGCUUGAGGGUGAUUUAACUGGAAGAAGCCCAGAAUCCAGCCUCCCCCCCCCUUACCCCCCCACCC